GUUUUCGCGGUUACAUUUAAAUGACCGCGCAUUUUUUUGAGGAAUACUUUUCUCGCCGUUUAAUAUUCCGAUGUUGAUAUCAUUGACCUAAAUUAAACUGAAACUAGAUUUAAUUCGAAAUAAGAUUCCAGUUCCUUACUGAUCAGCUGUUGAUUGGAAACACUGCACUCAUUUCCUGAAAGUCAGAAACAUGGUGUUUUCUGUUUAAAAGAUUCUGCACCAUGUUCUUAAAACUUCGACUCUUGAAAUUUCAUUGAAUAAAAGAAAGCAGUAAAAAUUUCCUCAGUGUAUACUGCAGCACUAAAAGCUAGUCAUGGCACAAGUAUUCAAGGACGUAUUUAGCACAAUUGACUACGUGGUAUUUGCCCUCAUGUUAGCAAUAUCUGCUGGCAUCGGAGUUUGGUAUGCGUUCGCUGACAGAAAGAAGAGUAACACUCAAGAAUUCCUGAUGGGAGGUCGAUCUCUUAGUGUAUUGCCAGUCGCCAUGUCUGUCCUAGCCAGCUUUAUGUCUGCCAUCACCCUACUUGGGACACCAGCAGAAAUCUACAAUUAUGGGACGCAGUACAUCAUGAUCAACAUAGCAUUUUGUUUCGUCGUUCCUUCUACUGCGUAUUUGUAUCUCCCGGUAUUUUACAAUUUGCAAGUAACAAGUGCGUAUGAGUACCUGGAACUGAGAUUUCAUAAGUAUGUGCGAACAAUUGGAUCAGCAGUUUUUUUCAUGCACAUGCUUAUGUAUAUGCCAGUUGUGCUGUAUGCUCCUGCUUUGGCUCUUUCGGAAGUAACUGGAAUAAAAAUAUGGACUGCUGUACUAUCCAUAGGAUUGGUCUGCACAUUUUACACAUCCAUAGGUGGUAUAAAAGCUGUCGUUUGGACUGACUUCUUUCAAUCUGUGAUGAUGUAUGCUUCUGUUCUAAUCAUAGUCAUUAAAGGUGCCAUUGAUAUCGGAGGAUUCGAUCUCGUUUUCGAGAGAAGUUUCGAAGGAGACAGAAUUGAAUUUUUAAGAUUCGACAUCAAUCCAACUGUCCGUCAUACAUUUUGGAGUUUGGUGUUUGGAGGAUACAUCACUUGGAUGGGUAAUUAUGCCGCCAAUCAAGCCAUGAUACAAAGAUACCUCACCAUUGGUACUUUGCGGGGAGCUCAAAAUUGCUUGUGGAUCAACCUUCCAGCCUUAGUGAUAUUGAUUCUGAUUACCAGUAUGUCCGGUCUGGUGAUUUAUGCAUUCUACGCUGCCUGUGAUCCGAUUGGGACCAAAGUAAUUGAUGCUCCAGAUCAGCUAUUUCCAAGAUUUGUGAUGGAAACCCUCGGUUCUUUGCCAGGAAUUCCAGGGCUUUUCGUAUCGGGAAUAUUUAGUGGAGCAUUAAGUACAGUAUCUUCUGGGGUGAAUUCCUUAGCAGCUGUUACGUUGGAAGAUUUCAUAAAAACUUAUUUCGUGAAGAACUUAUCUGAGCUGUGGGCUACAAGAAUUACUAAAAUGUUAGCUACAGUGUAUGGGCUGUUAUCUAUUGCUUUAGUUAUAGUAGCUCAGCAGUUAGGUGGUGUUCUUCAAGCGGCACUUACCAUUCACGGUGUCGUUGGUGGACCUAUGCUAGGAGUGUUUACGUUAGGAAUGUUUUUCCCUUGCGCAAAUACCUGGGGUGCUUCAACAGGUCUAUUAAGUGGGUUUGUGAUAGCGAUGUGGUUUGGAAUGGGAGCCUUUUCCAGUAAACCUUAUCAGCCGCUGCUUCCCAGAUCCUACACAAAUUGCACAGAGCUUUAUUACAAUGUAACUAAAAUUGAUCUCAAGAAUAUGACUACGAUACCCGAAAUCAUCCCAAACAAUGAUCAUAUAUUUCCUCCAUAUCGUUUGUCGUAUUUGUGGUUGAGUGCGAUUGGAUUCGUCAUUGUUCUUAUUGUGGGAGUAACCAUAAGCCUCAUUACAGGUCCAAGAAAAUGUGAUGACGUUGACGAGAAGUUGUUGUCUCCAGCAGUGAUAUGGCUAAGGAAGUUCCUACCCGGUGGCCGAUGUAAAACUCUUCGAAUCCAAAGAAAAAGACGGGGAACGUCAUUGAAUACUUUAAGAACCAGUGUAAUUAGCAGUGAUGAUGAAAUUUACUAUGCGUCGAAAAAAGGAUCAAUAUCUUAUAUUUCUGACUCUAAAAUUUCAUAAAAUUUAGAAUAGAAAAUAGAAAUUUUCAAAUAAUAAUUUGUUACUGUUAUUUUUGUACUUUAUUCUGCUCAUUUCAUUUCAUCAUAUUAUUCAUCAAAUUAUAAGCAUAUUUAAAUAUUUGAA